AUGUAUCGCCUAAAUUCCGCAAAGCAGCCGAGGAUCGGGCCGCAGGGUACAGAACGGAAUGCUUGGGGGAUAACCACACAAAACAAGCAGCGUUUCAUCGCCCAUUGUUCCGAUUUCCGACUUCAUUUCGACGAUCGUGAUUGCCGCGAAAGCGCUGAGGAACAACGCGAAAAAGACAGGAUCUUCACUGGACAGGUUCAAGAUCUCUUCGCGACACUCAAGUUGGUGGAGAAGCGUGCAGGCGAGAGGAACCGCAGGAGAUACCGACUUACCAUAUUCAUCCCCUCUCAAAAACGCUUGGGUGAUGAUGAUCAUUCAUGGGAGAAGCUCGAUUGUCGAAUUGUGAUAGAUCUCGUCACUCGAUUGCCGACCCUGCGAGAUCUCGUGUGCCAUACCGGGAAGGACGCAUUGACUCCGAGUUACCAGGCGCGAGCCUUCGCACCCUGUCCCACUAUCUCCAAGAUUUCACGCUCCGGGCUCAAGCGGACAGAUCCUUGUUUCGGCCUGAGGACGGUCCGACACCGACUUGGCCGCUUCUCCAACGAGUCCUCAUCGUGUUUCAUGUGGUGUCGCCGUCAGGAGCUUGGUACUUUGAAAGUCCACGCGGCGAAGGCAGAGAGUCAGCCGGUUAUGAAGUCAACGCGUCUUCAUACCCACCACUUGAACCUACUGAAGAAGACGAAAAUUCAGAUCGUAGGGGCGUGGGUGGAGGCCGGUCUUUCUAGACUCGAUCGACCUUUUUCGUUCCGCAUAUCGCCAAACGACAAUUUAUUAGGACCUUUCCUUGCGAGUUUCUCCAAGGCCACAGCGAAAAUGCCAGACUUGAGACAAGCUGUGUCGUGGUCACGUCUUAAGUGGGAUGUUGAUUGCGGCGACGACGAUGAACGUGAAGUCUUUGACCAUUUCGAACCUCCUGAAAACUUCCACCCAGAGUCUCUGGCUUGGGGGCUAGCAUACUAUGUUCCUAGAGUAGGAACAGCAUUCGCUACAAACCCGGGUGAAGUCAAUUGCGAGGCUCGCCAGAUUUAGUGGAAGGUUGGGGAGUAGCGGCCGGAUCCGGGGAUCCAUCGUCUAUUUCAGCACAUUGGUCGUCAGAGGUAUGGUGAUGCGUUGGAGGAACACUGGCACGAUGAUAAAUUUGGCCAGGGAUUGAUUUGGCGAGGGUAUUUUGAACACUGGACGCCGGAAGGGUAGUGCGGAUGUCUUCAAGCGGUUGUCAUGUAUCACGCGUCCUACGUCGUUGCUAGGUAG